UGUAUAACAAUGGCUGUCUCGGUUUUGAGUUUAUUAUCGUACAUAUUCGCCGCAAUCUUGGUUGGAUGUCUCGGCUUCGUUCUCUUUUAUGUGGCAUAUUUGUAUUAUGUUCACAAAAUCAACGAUCAUUUGCCGGGGCCACCUCGUUCAAGCUUCAUAUUUGGUCAUCUUCCUGAUAUUCAGAGAUACCAAACCACAACAGGCCGAACACUGGACGAAUUUCUGCUGAAAAUACGACUUGAAUACGGACCGAUAUUUGUCUUACAUUUUCUACACUUGCCUAUUGUGUUCUUGGCAGAUGCGACGUACUUGAGACAUGUUUUUAUAACCAAUUACAAGAGCCUACAUAAGAGUCCCUUCUUUUACGACAAAAUUGGUUUUGUUUAUGGCGAGAGGGGAUUGGGUUAUGGUUUAGUGACCAACACAAACGAAGAAUCCUGGCGCAAACAUCGGCAAAUUAUGAAUCCCGCAUUUCAUCGCAAGUGCCUUAAAGAGUUCAUCAGUAAUUUCAAUGAUGUCUCUGAUAUGUUUAUGAUCCGGAUGGAUUCAGUUGUCGAUGGUGGCCAGCCGACGAGUAUGGUGCAGGAGUUUGGUAAAGUAACUCUGGAAGCUAUAAGCCAAGUGUCAUUCAAUAUUAAUACCCAUGCUAUUGAAGACCCAAAUUCCCCCUUUCCAGCAGCAGUAAGGGACUACAUGAUUGGCGUGCAGGACAAUUUCGACAACCCUCUCAGUCCCACCCUUUUGGGAAUAUUUCAAUUCAAGCUGUUCCAGAACGCUACCAAAAGAAAGCAAAUUGCUGCAGCUCGAUUUCUCAGAAUGUUUGCCUCAGAUUGUAUUAAAACUCGAAUGAAAGACAUUUCUGAUGGGAAAGCUGUUCCAAAUGACUUGUUGAGCAUUUUAAUAAAAAAUGGCAGUUUGUCAAUGGAUGAUAUGAUUGAUGAGUUUGUUACAAUUUUUCUCGCUGGACAAGAGACAACUGCUAAUUCCUUGUCUUUUGCUUUGUAUGAAAUUAUUAGUAAUCCCCAUGUUGAGGAGAAACUUUUGAACGAACUGGACACUGUUCUAGCUGGACGUGAUUAUGUUGAGUUUGAUGAUUUGGCAAAAAUGACGUAUCUUGGUCAGGUUUUAGAGGAAAACUUAAGAAAACAUCCUAUAGCAUCAGAAAUACCGGCAAUGGUGUCGACAAAAGACAUCACAAUCGGGGAUUGUAUCAUUCCAAAAGGAGAUUCAAUCCACUCUACACCACUAAUUUUUGGAAUGAACCCUGAAAUUUGGAAGGACCCUGAGAUCUUUGAGCCAGAGCGUUUCUCCAAUACCGAGAACAUCCCAAAUUUCAGCAUGACCCAUUUCCCGUUUUCCAUUGGCCCACAUAAUUGCAUCGGACAGAUGUUUGCAAAGUUUGAGUCAAAAGUUAUUCUUGCAAAAUUAUUGCGGAAGUUUCAAUUCAAACUAUUGCCAGGUCAGACUGACAGAAAGUUGGAAAGACUGACAAUUACUCCACGAGAUGGUGUGAUGUGUGAAGUCAGUAGACGUGAAUAAUGAAUGCAAAACAUUGGGUGUUUUCACCUGUUGUAAUAAACACCUCCUCUUUCGCAAUCCGCGAAGAUUUGUUUAUUAUAUAAUCCAUGCAUGCAUUCAAUUGUGAGCGGUGAAGGGAACUGCUACGGUCGAAU